AUGUCAUUAUCCUUAAACUAUAAUAAGUCACAUGAGAAUUCAUUGAAUUUUCCUCUAACUAUAGUAUUACAGAUAUUUUCUUAUUUGGACAUUGAUGAGUUAACUGAACUUUACGAGACCUGCCAAUUUUUCCGAGUGCUAAUACAUAAGGCUAAACUUUCACCAGAAUGUUCCACAAUCGGUUUAAAAGAACAGCCAAAGUUAACCUGGGUAAUAGAACAUGAAUUACAGUCAAAUAAGUAUAGGACUAAAAAUAUGGGGAAUGUUGUUCUGUCGUAUGUCAAAGCCAUAAGAAAAGUGAAUGACAAGAUAAAAGACACAGAAUAUAUUCAACAGGAUAUAAGUAUAGGACAAAAUCAAGGGUCUCCAACCUUAUCAACAUUAUCUCGUUCUUCAGUAAAUUCAUUGUUUUCUGACGACGAAUGGAACUUCUCGUUAGAUGAAUCGUUGCCAUCACCAGUUAUGAAUGAAGAACCAAUUUUACAUAAUAUUGAUAAGGUGAAAGAUACUAUGAAGGUAAAAGAGAAAGCAUUAUUAUUUGAAAGAUUGAUGUCUCAGGAAAACGAAAUUCAAAUACCGAAGAAUCCUAAGCAACUACAACAGGAUGAUGCCCUCUAUGAGAGAUUUAAUGGAUUACAAAACUUAAUACUUCCCAAAUCUAAUAAUAACAGAAAUAUUACUGAUCAAUAUUUAAUGAAGGUCAGAGAAUCUGAAACAAAAAAUACAUAUAUUCCAAAGAAAACUUUAAAAAACGAUAAAGAACCAUUUCCAAAAACGAGUUAUAAUAAUAAUAAUAUUAAUAAUAAACAUAAUUUUUCACAAAAAUAUCAACAACACUUAGAGUCAAUGAACAAACCAACUAGGAUAGAUUCAAGCUCAAAGUAUGCCCCAGUAAAGCCUAUUAAACAGGGUAAGAAUAUCAAGAAUCUGUACGAAAAUAAAAUUAUUAACCAAUAG